AUGUUCUUGAAAGAGGAAGUACAUCGAAGGCUUUGCGCACAGAGGAAAUCGAGGAGGAGAACGUUCAUACAAAAGAAGGUAAAAAACUUAAUUACCUAUAUGUAUACCAUUUUGUCCCUUAUUAAUACUGACUUUUCAUUAGAAAUUCAAAAAAUUUUAGCAGAAGGAGAUUGGGAAACCUCCGACAAAAGUAAAAAAGUAAAUCAAGGAGCACCUAUUACAAAGAAAAAUGAAGCGGGAGAACAAAAAGUUGCUAGUUCAAGUCAUAUAUCAGACAAGAAUAUUCCUCAUCAACAUUCUCAAGCUCGACUUCGUGGUGCUCAACCGGACAUAGUUGGUGACAAAGGGUGGUCAUGUAAACCUAAAACCGUAAAAUCCAACAAGAAAAAAGAAAGGAAGCAACAUGACAAUACUAAACAAAAAACCGAAGGUACUAUGAAAGAUCUAAUCGAUCAGGAUAAACCUAAAUCUAAAUCUAAACUAUGGCGAAGAUUUAGCUUAUUAGGUUGUAAUUAG